GCUCUAGGCUGAGGACGGGCACCAUGGUGCGCCCCACCAGAAAUAAAAAACCAGUCAAUUACUCACAGUUUGAGGACUCUGGUGGUGACUCUGAUGAUGAUUUUAUUUCGACAACCAUGCCUAGAAACAAGAAGUCUAAAACCAUGCCAAAGGAGGUAAAGCAAGACAAACCAAAACCUAACUUGAAGAAUCUUCCAAAAGAAGACAUCCUGCCAGCGAAAGCCCCUAAAAAAAGGAUGGCUUUAGAUGACAAGAUUUUCCAACGAGGCCUAGAAGUUGCCCUGGCUUUAUCCGUGAAGGAACUUCCAGCAGUCACCAACCAAAUGCAGACUUCUCAAGAGAAAAGUGCUGACAACCAAGGUGAUGGAAAAACAAAAGUAACGGAUAAGUCUCCUCCUGUGUCUAACUGCAGUGCAACCAGUGAUAAUUCAGAAGAUGUGGACAAGAUCGUGGAGGAGGGGGAUGCCGGCAGUGUGGACGGGGAGAAAAGAAUAACAUCUAAAGCUGAGGCCCAGCGGAGGAGGGGCCUUUCGGAAAGCAGUGAUGGCAGCAGUGCUAAUGACACUGAGCCGGACAGUGCAGCUGGUGAAGACUCAGAAAGUGAUUCUAAUUUUGAUGAGAGUGAAGAAAGUGAUGAAGGCUUUGCAGCGAGAAAAAGUAAAGUUAAAGAAACAAAGAAGAAAGCAGUGCAGAGAAAACCUGCAGUGGACAAAGAAAAGAAAUCAAAACACAAAUGUGAGGAGGCAUCAGAAGAUGUGGCUCCAGCUGCCGUCAAGUCAGGAUCUCCGUCCUUACCCCAGGCAGUUGGUCUUUCUUCUGAGCCCACUAGGAAACCAGCAGAAAUGUGCAGCCCUUCAGCUAAAGCCAAGAGACCCAAAUGGGUCCCACCAGCCGCCUCUGGGAGCAGAAGCUCCAGCAGCAGCCCACUGGCAGGAGCACCCACCAAGUCCCCGAAUCAGAGCCUCCGUCUGGGCCUCUCCCGACUAGCCCCAGUUAAGCGUUUGCACCCAAAUGUCACAAGUAGCCAAGUGCGGUAGCAGUAAAGGACCUGUGGGACCCUCAGUCCUGCAAGCCGGUUGUUGGAUUCAACUUGCACA